AUUAAAAAGAGACAUGUAUAUUCUUAAUUUGAUCUCUGUCUCUUUUAUGUUUUAUUGCAUGUUUUUCAAAUAAAAGAUAUCUUGCAAAACUGGAAAAAACGUGAUGCUUUCUUUUGAUUAUCUAAUAAAUGCAACAGUCUAUUCUAAACUUAAUAUAUAUUUUUUUCGAUUCGAACAAUUAACAAAUAAAAUAUAAAUAUAAGAAGAACAAAAUAUGAAAGAGGAAGAAAUUGGACUUUAAAAAAUUAUUGCGUUCAAAUAGGGACAGAAAGAAAGUAAUUUGUAAAAUAUUGUCAGAUUUUGUGAGUACAUCGUUAAAAAAAUGUUGAAGAAUAAUUUGUUAAAGACAUCAUGGUGUAAACUACGCGUCCAGUAUACGCACAAAAAUGCAUCUAUACCAAAGGAAGAACUUAAAGGGAAAGAACGUAAUAUUGCAAAGAUACGAAACAUUGGCAUAUUGGCGCACAUUGAUGCUGGGAAAACCACCACAACUGAAAGGAUGUUAUUCUACUCUGGUCUUAUCAAAAAUAUGGGAGAAGUGCAUCAUGGCAAUACAGUGACUGAUUACAUGGAGCAGGAGCGGCAGCGAGGGAUAACCAUCACCUCGGCUGCUGUUACAUUCAAUUGGAAAGAUUAUCGCUUUAAUUUGAUAGAUACUCCUGGUCAUAUUGAUUUUACUAUGGAAGUUGAACAAACUUUGCAAAUAUUAGAUGGAGCAAUUGUAGUCUUGGAUGGUUCUGCUGGUGUGGAAGCUCAGACAUUAACAGUUUCCAGACAAGCAGACAGGUAUAAUAUUCCUCGAAUAAUUUAUAUUAACAAAAUGGAUAGAGCUGAUGCUGACUUUGACAUGAGUUUACAGUCUAUUGAAUCCAAGUUAAACAUAGAGACAUUACCUAUUCAAAUUCCCAUGAAGGAAGCAGGAGUCUUAGAAGGUAUUGUAGAUGUAAUAACUAUGGAAAAGUUGACAUUUGAUAAGAAACAUCAAGGUAUAAACCUAAUAAAAACAAAAAUAACUGAAAAAGAUAAUGGAAGAUUGUGGGACAUAGCCAGUGAGAAGCGACGAGUGUUGACUGAUAAAUUGUCAGGCUUGGAUGACAAACUAGCUGAUAUUAUUAUAGAACAAGAGUCCCUGGAAAAUGUGCAAUCGCAAAUAUUGGUCGAUUCGUUACGCAGAAUCACCUUAAAUAGAAAAGGUGUGCCUGUAAUAUUAGGCAGUUCCUAUAAAAAUGUAGGAGUACAGCCUUUAAUGGACAGCGUCAUUCUUUAUCUGCCAUCGCCAGCAAUCGUAAAAGAUUUAAAUCCAUAUCGAUACUUCGAGAAUAAUCUGGCAGCCAGAGUCUUUAAGAUUGUUCACGACAAGCAGAGAGGUCCGAUCACUUUUUUCAGAAUCUAUUCUGGCAAUAUGAGGAAAGGCCAGAAGCUAUACAACAUGACACGCGAGCAAAGCGAACAAUGUACUCGCAUGUACAUCGCCUGCGCCGAUGAUUACGAGGAGGUAGCCGAAGUGAGUCUUGGCAAUAUCGCGGCUAUAGGUGGAUUAAAGGGCACCAUCACAGGCGACCUGGUGACGACGAGCUUGUCCGUUGGCAACCGCGCUAAAGACAUUAUGCUGAAAGAGAAUUUGAACCGACCGGACUACGUGAACAAUUUCUUCGCAUCCGGAACAAACUUGCUCGAUCCCGUCUUUUUCUGUUCCAUAGAACCGCCUUCUUUGUCCGCGCAAUCUGCCUUAGAGACCGCACUUCAGGAAUUACAGAGAGAGGAUCCUAGUUUGCGCGUAACAAAUGAUCCGGAAACGGACCAAAUCGUACUCGCAGGAAUGGGAGAGUUGCAUAUAGAAAUCAUUAAAGAGAGAAUCAAGAGAGAGUAUAAGAUUGACGUAGAUUUAGGUCCUUUGCAAAUUGCCUAUAAGGAAACGAUUCAGCACGCCGUUAAAGAUACGAUAGUUGUGGAACACAGGGUAGGCCAGACGAGUCACCAGGUUAAUAUUACUAUGUCCUUGAUACCUAAUUACGAAGGAAAAGAAAAACUGCUUCUGGACAGAUCUCCAGAUAACGCAUCGAAUAUCGACAGCAUUCAUCCGCGAGUACUAAAUGCAAUUAAAAGUGGCGUGAAAUCUGCCUUGUUGCAUGGCGUCAAGUUAAGUUGUCCAGUAAUUAAUGUUGGUGUCAAGUUGCACUGGCUAGAAGUGGCACGUGGUACUUCGGACACCAUAGUUUCCGCUGCUGCUUCACAAUGCAUCCGAAAGUUGCUCCAAAAUGGAAAUAGUAUGUUACUAGAGCCCAUCAUGCAAUUGGAGAUUGUUGCACCGGAGGAAUAUUCCCCAAGUAUUAAUGCUGAUCUCGCUCGUAGAAGAGCGGAAAUACAACAAAUCGACAUGCGAGGCAAUAAUAAGGCGAGUAUAAAUUCUCUGCUUCUUACUCCUAAUAAAGUGUAUAACUGUUUAAAUUACGCACAUAUUAAGAUAUUUGUAUUACAUUUUAUAGGUGAUCAGAACUCUUGCGCCAUUAUCAGAAUUAUUGGGAUAUUCAACGGCAUUGAGAAUUAUCACGUCGGGUAGCGCUACGUUUUCAUUGGAAUUUAGCCAUUAUCAGUUAAUGACUGCCGCUGUCGAAGACAAAGCAAUUUAUAAACUUAAAGGAUUUUAAAAUAUAUAAUUGCAAGUAAUAAUGUAAGAAAAUAUUACAUAUAGUUAAAAUUGCUGUAUAUAAUAAUAAUAUUAUAUACACAGUACAAUUUCACUUCGUUUUAUUCAAUCUAAUCAAAAUAUAUUGCAACAUUAUCAUUGGUGCGUUACAUCUCCAUAUACGAUUCACAAUAGCGACCACUAAGUAUGAUGGAAAGCUUUUAAUCAAAUUUCAUUAAUCAACCGGAGCAGAAUAGUCACUCUGUAGCUAUAAUUAAAAUUAUUAUAUAUUAUAUAAUUAUAUUUAAUUAAUAUA